AUGGCCUCGGGGACGGGGAACUCGCCGCCGCCGGCGCACGAGGAGGAGCAGGUGCUGGAGGGAGAGGACGCAUUCGAGAUACCCAGUAAGAACGCGUCGCACGAUCACCUGCGACGGUGGAGGCAAGCUGCUCUGGUGCUCAAUGCUUCUCGUCGUUUUAGAUACACUCUAGACCUGGAAAGGGAGGAAGAGAAAGAGAACUUAAGAAGAAUCAUACGAUCCCAUGCACAAGUGAUACGAGCAGUAUUUCUUUUCAAGGAGGCUGGCCAGAAGAACCUAGGAGAGUAUUGCACUAGCAUAAAAGAUGAGACGCUCUCUCAGAGAUUUUCAGUUGAUCUGAAAAAACUCAAAAUGCUGAACAGAGACCAUGACGCUGUAAUAUUCCAGGAGGUUGGAGGGGUUAAGGGGCUUUCAGAUUUACUAAAGAGUGACUUAGACAGAGGAGUUAGUCCAGAUGAGAAUGAAUUGAUGCGGAGGAGAGAUAUUUUUGGGGCAAACACAUAUCCACGCAAGGAAAGAAGAAGCAUCUGGCAUUUUGUAUUUGAAGCCUGUCAGGAUUUAACUCUUGUAAUUCUAAUGGUAGCUGCUGCUAUAUCAUUAUCACUGGGCAUGGCAACAGAGGGUGUAAAAGAUGGAUGGUAUGAUGGUGGAAGCAUAUUUUUUGCCGUCUUCCUUGUGAUAUUCGUUACAGCAACCAGUGAUUAUAGACAAUCACUUCAGUUUCAACAUCUGAAUGAGGAGAAACGAAACAUACAAGUUGAGGUCAUCAGAGGUGGUAAGAGAUUAGUAGCUUCAAUAUUCGACCUUGUUGUUGGUGACGUGGUUCCCCUCAAAAUCGGUGACCAAGUUCCUGCAGAUGGUAUACUGAUAUAUGGUCAUUUUCUUGCAAUUGAUGAAUCGAGUAUGACAGGGGAAUCCAAAAUUGUUAAUAAGGACCAAAGGGCCCCUUUCUUGAUGUCCGGUUGCAAGGUUGCAGAUGGUUAUGGCUCUAUGCUGGUAACUGGUGUGGGUAUCAAUACUGAAUGGGGUAUGAUGAUGGCCAACCUUUCAGAGGAUACUGGUGAAGAAACCCCAUUACAGGUACGCUUGAAUGGUGUUGCUAAUCUUAUUGGUAUUGUGGGUUUGUCGGUUGCUGGUGCUGUCCUCGUCGUCCUCUGGCUAAGGUAUUUUACUGGACAUACCAAGAAUCCAGAUGGGACUACCCAAUUUUUGGCUGGAACAACAGGUGUAAAACAGGGAUUUAUGGGGGCAAUUAGAAUUUUGACAAUUGCUGUGACUAUUGUGGUUGUUGCUGUGCCUGAAGGACUUCCUUUAGCAGUAACAUUGACUCUUGCAUAUUCAAUGAGGAAGAUGAUGCGAGACAAGGCUCUGGUGAGACGGCUCUCAUCUUGUGAAACAAUGGGAUCAGCAACCACUAUUUGCAGUGACAAGACUGGAACUCUUACCAUGAAUAAGAUGACAGUUGUUGAAGCGUAUUUGGGUGGGAAAAAAAUGGAUCCUUAUGAUAAUGCCAGCACGAUGUGCACCAGUGUGACAGAUCUAUUAAUUGAAGGAAUUGCACAGAACACAACAGGGACUGUGUUUAUGGCAGAGGAUGGAGGAGCUACGGAAGUUACUGGCUCACCAACUGAAAAAGCAAUUCUUUCUUGGGGCCUUAUGAUUGGGAUGGACUUCAAGGAUGUGAGAUCAAAAUCUUCAGUUCUUCAUGUUCUCCCAUUCAAUUCAGAGAAGAAGCGUGGUGGUGUGGCUUUGCAAGUGUCAGAUACAGAGUUUCACAUUCAUUGGAAAGGGGCAGCGGAGCUACUAUUAGCAUCUUGCCGAAGCUGGCUUUCUACUGAUGGUUCUGUUCAGCCAAUGAAUUCCAUCAAGCAUAGCGAAUUCAAGAAAUCGAUUGAUGAUAUGGCAGUGAGUUCAUUGCGUUGUGUAGCUUUUGCAUAUUGCCCCUGGGAAUCCAAAAUGGUCCCAACGGAAUCUCUAGAUAAGUGGAAGUUGCCUGAGGAUGAUCUGACUCUUAUUGGGGUGGUCGGGAUAAAGGAUCCCUGUCGCCCAGGAGUGAGGAAUGCUGUGCAAUUAUGCAAUACUGCUGGUGUAAAGGUACGCAUGGUCACAGGAGAUAAUGUUGGAACAGCAAAGGCCAUUGCUGUGGAGUGUGGAAUAUUAGACGCAAAAGAUGCUGCAUCAGAACCUAAUGUAAUAGAAGGAAAAGUGUUCCGCGAGAUGUCUGAAACUGCACAAGAAGAUAUUGCUGACAAAAUUACAGUAAUGGGAAGAUCUUCCCCAAAUGACAAACUUUUGCUUGUUCAAUGUUUAAAAAGAAAGGGCCAUGUUGUAGCUGUUACUGGUGAUGGCACAAAUGAUGCUCCUGCAUUACAUGAGGCUGAUAUAGGUCUUUCAAUGGGAAUAUCAGGAACAGAAGUUGCCAAGGAAAGCUCAGACAUUAUAAUCUUAGAUGAUGACUUCACCUCAGUGGUCAAGGUUGUUCGAUGGGGCCGGUCUGUUUAUGCAAAUAUUCAGAAGUUUAUCCAGUUCCAACUUACUGUUAAUGUUGCUGCCCUAGUUAUAAAUGUGGUUGCUGCUGUGUCCUCCGGGGAUAUUCCUCUGAAUGCUGUUGAGCUUCUUUGGGUGAACCUUAUUAUGGACACACUCGGAGCUCUUGCAUUAGCAACCGAACCACCAACAGACAACCUAAUGAAGAGGCGUCCCGUCGGUCGAAGGGAACCUCUUGUCACAAACGUUAUGUGGAGAAACCUUUUUAUCCAGGCACUGUACCAGAUAGCAGUUCUUCUCAUAUUCAAUUUUGAUGGCAAAAGGAUUCUUCGUUUACAGAAUGAAAGUUGGGAGCAUGCUGGGAAAAUUAAAAAUACCUUUGUCUUUAAUGCAUUUGUCUUUUGCCAAAUCUUCAAUGAGUUCAAUGCUCGCAAGCCUGAAGAGAAGAAUGUCUUCAAGGGAGUUACAAACAACCAACUUUUUAUGGCCAUAGUUGGUGCAACUACCGUGCUUCAGAUCUUGAUGAUUGAGUUCCUCGGGAAGUUCUUCGAUACUGCUAAACUUAAUUGGAGACUAUGGUUGCUGUCAGUGGCUAUUGGCGCAGUGAGUUGGCCUCUCGCCUAUCUUGGGAAAUUCGUCCCUGUGCCUGUCAGGCCUUUACAGAGCUACUUCAAGCAUUGUUCUUGUCGUAGAGGACCACACCGAGAUGAAGAGCAAGGCGGCAAGAGCUGA